UAAUAAUGCAGUAAUGACUUAAACAGUCACGCUUCAGUGAUGACCAUGGUGCAAAAAUUUAAGUAUCGGCACAUGGCUAGUUAUUCUAACAAAGAUUAAUUAAACGUCUCGCAUAUUGGCUUCUCUUGGACUUCAGCCCGAAUAGAUGUGUGCUUUCAGAUGUGUGUUGGAUUUUUUUCCCAUACUUGGACAGAUUUGUCCAGGGUCUGUGAUCAGUCAUGGUGGACGAUUGAGCCAGUGGGCGAUAUCGACCAAUCAGAGCAGGAAUCUCAGAGUCAGGCUUGGCAAGUUUUGGGGUUAUCUUUGAGUCAGGAUUUGGCAACCAUUCAAGGUUGAUGUGAGUCAUCGCUGGCACUGGGGAGGGAUCUGUUGUCCAGAACAAUUUUCAGAUGAUCACAAAUCAUCUGCUUGGACGAACAACUGUUUUAAUAUCUUAAUAUUUAUAUAUUGUGGUCUGGAGUUCACUGCAGUGAGACUGUGUGUGUGUGUGUUUUUCCUAUACUUUCUUUCUGUCUGUACUAUGAAAGCUAAGUCGAACCGGAGUCAAAUUCCUCAUGUGUGUAACAUACCUGGCAAUAAAGUGAUUCUGAUUCUGAUUGUGAACAUCUGGACAGUGGAGCUGGUUUGACCACGGACAGGACGGGACACAUGAGCCGGUGUGGUGAGUCGCUCUCCGAAUCGAUCAGGUGUGGCCGACUGAUUUUCCUCUAACGGAUUUUAAUGUGUUCUCCGCCACGUUUGUGUGUGUGUGUGUGUGUGUGCGCAGCAGGGUGUAACAGUCUGCAUUAAAAGCGAUGACGAGCUCCCGACCUUUGUUGUGCUGUUCUCGGUUUGAAUAGCGCAGGGUGCAGCUCAUACAGUCAGAUCCCUUCAUGUCUGAGCCUGUCCACACAUCCAAGUGUGUGAAAAACAAAACUACCCGGUCGAGGAGGAAACACACUUUCAGAACGGUCACCUGUUUUGGUGUUGAUCUGUUGUUUGAACGUUUCUAGAUCACAUGAUGUUCUGUCAGUGAGGUGUGAUUAAAUCCUUCUGAAAAGACAGAAAGGAUCCAUAGUCAGGAAGAGUUUCAGGAUUGUUUCUCGAGUCAGAGAUUGCUUAAAUCUUGAGGCUUUGCAGGAUUUGCAAUGAUAAUGUCAGAGUUUUGAGCUUUUUUUUUUUGGAAAUACAGUAAGAACCUUCUGCCAGGAGCAACUUUAUCCAUGAGAGCAGAUUCUGCUAUGACACUAAGAGCAAAUGUAAAAUAAAAACAGUAAAACUGUUUUUCAUUUCAUCACUUAUUGAAAGAAAUAAACGUUGCUGGUUGGUUGCACGGUUACUAAAGAUAUAAAAAUCUCAAAUCAAGAAAAGCGCAGUUGUUCCAGAGGACGUGGAAAAGCGACGAUCAUCUUAACAAUAUCAUUAUUUUGUCACCUCUGUGAUAUCUUGUUGUGUGUUCAGGAUUCGGGCGGGUGUCUCCGCGAGCACAUGCGCUGUAUGAUGCGAUCCCUGCAGGACCUCAAACAGCUCCACCGGACCUGCGUGAUGGCGCCAUCCUCUGGCCCGUGCAAGCUGCUGAUUGGACGGCGUGAGCGACGAGCACGGCUCCGAAUCAGCGACGCCAGCGACUCCAGCAGCUCUGACUCAGCCUGUCGUCUCUCCUGCCCCCAGGAGGACGAGGACAGCAGCGCGGCCAGCAGCCUUGAAUUUGACUCAGGCUACUCGGAGGCAUCGUGGCCUGACGAGGGACCUGUGGUGCUGCGCCGAUUCAGGAAAGUACGCGCCGCGUCAGCCGAUUUCGAUCUAGAACCGAGUCCCCAUCCCAGAACGCGUCCCAAAUCUACGUCGGACGCAUGCCUGGAAAAGUGGACGUCGUUCGAGGUCCCGAGCGAACCAGAAGACUGGACGGCAGCGCUGCUGACUCAAGGGCGCAACCGGCAUCCACUUGUUCUCGGGGAUAAUAGCUUUGCCGACCUCAUUCAGAACUGGAUGGAUUUGCCAGAGUGCCCGUCGGAACCAACGGAACCGAGGCCUAGCACAAGCAAACGGCUAGCCAAGGACUUUCUGGGCAACGUGAAGAGGAGAAUAGCGAGGAUUUCACAGAACAUAGACGGACAGAAAAAACUCGUAUCGGACUCGUCUCGGUCAAACAGAGCCGCCAUGGCACCCAAACGUCUCUCGUGUCCCGUCGAUGUUCCGCGCAAAGUUCCGUUUUUCCACAAGUCUCACAUGGACCUCCAGGAACUCGAUACGGACUUUUACCGCUUCACGGCGCUCAUGAAGACAGGCAGUCGGCAGCCAAUCAUCUGUAACGACAUCAUCGGGUACAUAUGAGGAGCGGAGCGGAGUGGACUCCUCUGACUGAAUGGACUCUGAUCUUUACCAACACGUUGUUGUUGUUUUUUUAACCAAACAGCUGUAUUAUUGUUGCCAUGUUGCUAAUGGUCAAGCUAAUAACGAUGCUUAAGCUAUUAUAAUAAUAAUAAAAAUAAUAAUAAGAAGAAAUAUAAA